AUGCAGUGGGUGACACGUCAACUUCUGAUUCUGGAUUCGCCCAUCAUUCAAAUUUUCCUCCCUUUCAAGCCGCCUAUUGUCGUGGUGGGAGAUUAUGAGGAAGCCCGCGACAUUAUGAUGCGCCGCUGCCCUCGCGAAUUCGAUCGAUCGCUUCUCCUUAGCGAUUUAUUGGGAGGCGCCCUCCCCGACUCCCUCAUCAUGCUGCGGUCCGACGACGUGUUCCGAGGCCACCGCCGUCUGCUGCAGGACUUGAUGUCUCCAGUCUUCUUGAGAGACGUGGCGGCGCCAAACAUCUAUACGCAGGCAUGUCGACUGGUACGCUUGUGGGAGAUCAAAGCCAAAUGUGCUGCCGGCCGACCCUUCGAUGCCAGCGGCGACAUCUUUAAGGCUGCCCUAGACGCUGUCUUUGGGUUUGCAUUUGGACCGAGUUGGCAGCACAGUGCUAUGCAGCCUAUGAUCGACGCGAUCACCCAUAUUUCUGUUGACCAUGGCGCCCCUAACUCUCCAGCCAGUUUCCCCGAAGGCAUGCAGGACGAAGUGAUUACCGCGACGCUUAGUCUCGUAGCAGCCGUCGAGAAAGUGCAAGGAUCCCUGUCAAUGAAGCUAACAUGGCUCCUGCUCUCACUUACACCGACAUUGUGGCGGGCGCGCCGGGUAAGGGAGAGGUACAUUACCGACGCCAUCCGGGAGGCUGUCGCCCAUGUCGUUCGUACCUCGGAGACCCAUACUCAGCUAUUGGUCACUAGUGCGGUUGAGCACAUGGUAGUCCGUGAGGGACGAUUGGCGGAUGAAGCCGGAAGGCGGCCAGACUUCUUCUCAUCUGCUAUGCGUGGCGAACUGUUCGGCUUCAUUGUAGGUGGCCAUGACACGACAAGUACAACGGUCGCCUGGGGUGUCAAGUAUCUCGCCGACCAUAUCCCAGUACAGGAGCGUUUCCGGGCUGCAUUAUAUGCUGCCGGUAGCCAAGCAAAGAAAGAGGGUCGCUGCCCCUCAGCCGAUGAGAUCCUGGCCUUCCGGGUGCCGUAUCUUGAUGCAGUCAUUGAGGAGAUUCUACGGUGUGGGGGAACGACGCCGGCGCUAGACCGCGAGGCCAUGGUAGACACGCAGAUUCUCGGCCGAAACAUUCCCAAAGGCACGACCGUGCUGCUCCUUACCCAGGGCCCGAGCAUCCGCAGCCCGUCCUUCCGUAUUGAUGAGCGCCUUCGAAGCGAAACCUAUAGUUCUAGGGCCAACAGCACAGUUCAUGGUCGCUCGUGGGCUGACCACAAUGCCGAAGCUUUCGAUCCAGACCGAUGGCUGGUCCGCUCACAAGAUAAGAAUGGGAAAUAUGAGCAGUUGUUCAACGGUACGUCUGGCCCAACGCUUGCUUUUGGUCUUGGCCCUAGAGGCUGCUGGGGAAGGAGACUUGCGUACGUGGAACUCCGGCUCUACCUUGUCCUCAUCGUUUGGAACUUUCGUCUUUCCCCCUGUCCACCCGAGCUGUCUAGCUACAGCUCAAUUGCCGGCAUCACAAGCAAGCCCAGGCAGUGCUAUGUGCGCCUAACCAAAGCCGGUCUAUAG